AUGAGUUCUACCCUUUUCUCAUGGAGUCCGGGAUCAAAGGAGAUGAGGGCAAGAAGGGAACUCAACACGGGGUCGGGUUACGGGUUAGGCAAGGAAUCAGAGCGGCUGAACGAAAACCGGCAUAGAAUGGAAUUGAUUGGUUCUGCCACUUCGAAGAAGCGAAGGAGGAGGGCGCAAGGAUCAACCAGCUCUUCUUAUUACGAUUACGUGAGUUUUGACUAUCGGGAUUUGGCUCAUUCAAUGCCAUCAACCAAGGAAGUUUUUUCGACUUCAGGGAGCUCAGUUGAGUGGAAGCCGCCAAAGGAGAAGAAUGCCACUUUAUCGAAAGGGGAAGGACGGUCAGACAGAACUCGACUUCCAGUCCAGCAGAGAGAGAAAAGGCUAUCCUCGAUUCUUUCUCCAAGUCUGAACCUUCCACUUCUCUGA